GAAGCCCACUACCCCGUCUCUCUCUCUCUCUCUCUCUCUCUCUCUCUCUCUCUGGCUCUCGUCUUCCUCUCCUCCCCCACCGAGUCGCCGUCCCCUCGCUUUCACCCCACGCGGAAGCAAGAAUUCGUCGUCAAAAUCCCACCAUCGCGUGUUUCUGUGGAUUUUUUUGCUGCUUCCUUGCUGCUAUGGGCCUCUGAUCCGGGGCUUCGUGGAUCUUGGGAAGAGGAGGUGGGGCGGCCGGCCGGCGGCGAUCUGGCGGGAAGGAGAUGGCCGGCGGGAAGGAGCCGAUCGAGGUCAGGUUCCGGCUCUUCGACGGCACGGACAUCGGGCCCACCAAGUACGACCCCUCCACCACAGUCUCCGCGCUCAAGGAGUUCAUCCUCGCUCGGUGGCCGCAAGAUAAGGAUAUAGCUCCAAAAACUGUCAAUGACUUGAAGCUUAUCAAUGCUGGAAGGAUACUGGAGAAUAACCGAACACUUGCAGAGUCCCGUGUUCCAGUAGGAGAGGUCCCAGGAGGUGUAAUUACAAUGCAUGUGGUAGUGCGACCUCCACAAGCUGACAAAAACAAGAAGCAGCUUGCCAAUUCCCCCAAGCAGAACAGAUGUGGAUGCACCAUACUCUGAUAAGACGCCUGCUUGAUGCUGUACAAUCUGUGUAGUCCUAGGAUUUUGCAUCUGCUUUGUUCUGUUCACAUGAGUGUGAAUUCAUUUUGACAUCCAAUUCUUGAAGCCAUUCAAAUCCCAGAAAUAUAUAUACUAAAUAUCCGACAAAUAUGCCUUGGAAUGGAGAUUUCUGGAGGGCGAAUUCUGAUCGUCGUGUUGUAACAAGCGGGAAUGGAGGAUUGGAUGCUUCCUGUUGUGUAAAUUGUAAUGUCACAAAACAGAAAAAAAGCGUUUCUUUUUCCUUUUUGUUUCUUUCCUGCUAAGUUGACUUUAUAUCGAUUCUUUUUAGCUCUGUUUCUUUGUCUCGUGUAACAGAAAUAUUGUACUCUUAUGUAUGUAACUUGAAAAAAGGAGUAAUGUAUGCUGUUCUGGGAAAGGAAAAUAGGGGAAGAAAUUGUAUGGGUUAUAA